ACAAUACCGUCAGCGUUUCAGAUCACUGGAGCUGGGGGAAAAUGGCCGGCCCUUUGUGAUGGCUCAGCAGCUCCGGGACGCGUGCCGCAAAUGGCUGUUGGCCGGGGGAAGCGACGUCGACCAGAUCAUCGACCGCGUGGUGCUGGAGCAGUUCGUCGCGCGGUUACCGACGAACACCGCGCAGUGGGUCCAGUGCCACCGGCCGGCGUCGCUGGACCUGGCCAUUCAACUGGCGGAGGACCAGAUGGUGGCGUGCCAGGGGGGCGGAACCCUGCCCUCUGUCUCUCUCUCUCUCCCCCUCUCUCCUACCUCUAAACCUGUCCCUCUCCCUAGGUCCCGGGGGAAUCUCCCACCGCGAGCGCAGCCCCGGUGGAGGGGCGGUCCGGCGCCGGCCAGCUCGAGCGCCUCGGGGGUUAACGUUCCUCUGCUCUCUCCAGGCCAAUUGCUUGAUCCGCUUCCUCCCACCAGGGCGGCGGGGAGGUCUGGGCCGGCCUGUUGGCGUUGCGGGGACCCAGGGCACUUUAUUGAUCGGUGUCCGGUGAUGGAGGUGGGGACACUGAUCCAGGUCCCGGAUGCCCCACAGGCUGCCCCCGAUCAAGCUGGCAUGUACUAAAUACCUGUGAGUAUUAAGGGGGGUACUUAUUGGGCUCUGGUGGAUUCAUGAUGUAACCAAACCUCGAUCCAUCAAAGCCUAAUUCAGCCGGAGGCAUUGGAUAAGAGCUGCGUGGUUCGGGUGCGGUGCGUCCACGGGGAUGUGGUGAGGUAUCCUUUAAUGCUCCUAGCUAUCCAAUUUCGGGGUCAGAAGCAUAAAGUGGAGGUUGCAGU